AUAACUCCGGUCGUUGGUGUAGCCGAAGUCGCUUAAGUAGUUGUAGUUCAACAGCAGACGAAGAAUCGAGACAGAUUGCAAUUGGAGUCUUAUUCCGAGAAGAAGAAAAACAGUUUCUACUUUGUCAUAUUCCUCUUAUUGAAAUUGAAAUCAUCAAACUGGAGGCUCAAAUUCUGAAAGCAACACUUUCUCGUUCUCGUUUUUUGCAUUUAUUAUUUGAGGCAUGGUUAGAGUUGGUGCAUAAUGUUUGUUUAUUGUACAAUUCAUAUCGAUUUCGCUCUCCGGUUUGGUUGAGUCUGAUGAAUGAAAAAGAGUAUGCUUCAACGGCCAACAACUUCUGUACUAAUUUAGCUGCGCUGAUUUGUGAAUAUGAUUUGAAAUCCACACGAUAUUUUGUAUCCACAUUAUUAUCUUGUGUUUUGAUGAAUCAUCUUGCAUGGGUUGCGAGUGUUACGCCAUCGGAAGACUGUGAAGAUCUUCAUCGCUCGCUUCUGAUGGGGACAAGCGGAAGUUCAGAUUGUAUGCGUUACCCGUACAAUGCGCAGUUAGCUCAGUACAUGGAAAUAAGCGGUAAUGUAGGCGGUGCUACACGUUUAGCUCGAACAGUUAUCAUCGGAAAUGAUAUGAAACUGAUCACACAUUUGCUCUACAUUCUCACAUAUUUUGUUCGUUGCUCAGCAAUUCAGCCGAAUGGAAAUAAGGCUGACAAAUGGGAUUCACAGCCAGAAAUGAGAUCCUUUUCACCGAUUGGUUGCAGCGAAGAUGGUAGUGUUGAUUUUGGCAAAAAAUACUCGUUGAGAGAGAAAGUUGGAAAUAAAGAGCCGGAGUUUGUGGUUCUUCGGGAGACAGUAGAACCGAGUGUUAAUGCAAAACGUUCUGGAUGGUAUUUUCCUUUAACAUGUGACACUGGUGAUUCGACGGAUACGAGUUUGGCUUGGUCUAUGUUAGCUGGGCCUUGCGAUUCUUAUUGCUCACACUUUGUUAUAUGCGGGUUACGCUUGGCUGCCGUUGACUUGAAUGAGACUUAUUGCUCAGUGAUGUGUCAUAUAAAAAACGGGGAAUCAGAAUUGAUCAGCACAUCCUUUCCCGAGUCAUCCUUUUCAUCAACCGCUUCUGAUUCUGCUCCAUUUAGUCCAACUGUUGUGGUGCUUGCCGAUGCCACAAAUUACACCGUAAAGAUGAUAUCGGGAGAUGAUACAAGUGUCGGCGAAAGUCAAAUGACGGCACCAUGUGAUGCAGUAGUGACGAUGCUGGAGCAGUUUGGUGACUUGUAUCGGCUCGGCGCAGCUCCAACAUUUUUGUUAUCUUUCAUCGAAGACUGUUUAAGCGAUAUCCUGACACGAUCACUUUCACUGGUAGAGCUACUGGGUGGUACCACAGGGAAUAGCAAGGGUAGAACACAGAUUACACCGGCUACUGUCACGGCAGAGCGUGUUGUAAGCGUUAUUGGCUGUGAUUAUUCAGAUUUACGUCUUAUUGUUAAUGUUGCUGCUGUAUACUAUCCUUCCGUUUUACAAGCUAUUAUAUAA